UCACGCACUCUCUUCCUCUCCCUCACCCUCUCCCCCUUCCUUCCGUUCUCUCUGUGUUGUGUCAUCUCGAAGCGUGGCGUGGCAGCCGCGACGACGAAGGAAAAGCCAGUACCUGGUCGACUCGCGGGUGGAAAGCGCGGGCGUCGUGUCUCUCUCUCUCUCACUCGCGCGCGCGCGUGCAUCCGGCCGCGUGUGUCGUCGUCCGCGCUCUCGCGUAGAAGACCUCUCCCGUACGCGUGUGUGAGAGCGCCCGGCGCGCCGCUGUAUUGUAAUAUCGCCGCCGAAGAGAGGAGGCCUCCCUUCUCCCGAGCUGGAUGCGCGGCAGCCUGUAUGAUCGCACUGUAGUCUCGUUCGCGCUAUCCUCAAAGUAGAUAGCUCUAGGAAUACCACGAGGAAUAAGUAGCGCGGAGGAAGAAGCGGAAACGGAGAAUGCCGAGCGACUGGCAAGGUAGACGCGCCGAGCAUCGCCGAGACGCGGCUCGCGGCUCUGUUUCGCGAGGCGCGCGAUGAUGGCGGAAUGCGCGCGGACAGAGCGUACAGUAUCGUCCGGCCCGUCGAUCGAGCACACGGUGGAGUCGAUCGCCCAUCGCGGCGGCAGGAUCGAGCGCAAAAGGGGCAGCAGCAGCUCGUCGUCGUCGUCCUCAUCAUCAUUAUCAUCAUCGUCAUCAUCGUCAUCAUCGUCAUCGUCAUCGUCAUUAUCGAGAGCGCUGUUGAAUAUUGUCGUCGUCCAGCAUCAAGAUCUCUCCGCUCUCAAGAUCACCCCGGAUCGUAACAACGAGGAUGAAGAGAUCGCAGCGCGACGAGGAAGAGCUAAACGAGUACCAAUCAGCAAGAGAUCGAAGCUAAAAGAUCAAACCUCUCCGAACAUCAUCAACCCCUGGCCGGAGGCAUGGCGACGCAUUGACGAACACUCUCUACCAUCUCGCAAGCUGGAAUCCGCGCCGACCAUCGACGAUGGCUUUCGCCCUGCAGUCCGAGCUUUCACUCCGCUGUUAGAGCCCGUCUUCAAGUUCGGAGAAUCGAUAUUGCGCCCGGAGAAUUCCCUGCGGGAUAUCCUACUUCACGAGAGCGCCUCCAAGACAACGGCGACGACGACAACGGCGGUGGCGACGAGAACGAGCACGCGAACCGAGGAAGAUGACGUCGGGGAAGUGAACGAGGACGGAGUGAAGGAUGGUAAUAAUAAGAGCGGAAGGGGGUUGGUGCACGUGGGGAACAAGGAUAAUGGUGCGGUCGUAGUUGGUAGUGAUAGUGUUAUCGAGUGGACAACGACGACUGUCGCCGAGCCGAUGUCAUCGUCGCGGUCGGCGUUCUCCGGAGACGAUGUGCAGGUGGCCGAGCGUGUAAGAGUGCGCGCGAAUUCCGAACGAAAUUCACCGAGGAACGAAGAGAGCGACGAGGAGCAGCUCAAGGUUACCGUCGCGCACGACGUCGAAGAUUCGUUCGUAUCCUCGACGACGACCACGACGACGACGACGACGACGACGACGCAGCGUCCACCACUGACCCAAGACACCUCUAUGGAAGCACUGAGUGCGAGCGGCUACAUCGUCUCGGCGGCGCUCGUGCUGAUAGUCGGAGCACUGGUGGGUGUCCUGGCGACGAUAUCGCGUCACCUUCAUCAUCGUCGAUUGCUGGUGCACGAGCCGGUCCCACCCGGCUCCGCUUCCUCCUCUUCCGCCUCGAUUCUCCAUCACCAUCAUCGGCAUCACCAUCAUCGUCACCGACAUCGUCGCGAGGAGCCACCGCCGCCGCCGUUACAGCGCUGUCUUCUGCUACAGGAUCAUUGCCGUCAUCCUGAAACACCGAUGCUGUCGGUGAGCCAAGGAAUGGAGGUCGGCAGCAGCGGACGCGGUGCAUCGGCGGGAGAUGACCCGACCGCCGGUGCGGCGGGCGGUGGAGGCGGCGGCGGAGGUGGCGGCGAUUCUAGGAGACGUCGCGACAUACAGGAGGUGAUGAUCGCCGCGGCGAGAGAUCGCGCGAUCCGCGCGGAUAGCGUCCGGCAGGAUCUCGCACUCAAUCUACCGCCGCGACUCGAGCUCCCGGACGGCGAGGAACACCCAUACGGGGCGCACUCGGAUCUUCAUCUCCGUAACCCGGAACAGGAGAGCGAGAUUUACCAAAAGUGCGUGCGGGCACCUCCGAAUCGCACAGUGUUCGACAGCGAGAGUCCGCCGCCUUAUCGGACCCCACCGCCCGGUAGCAGCCAGCACAUCCACACGGGGCUGUUCGACCUGCCCGGCGAUCGGAUAUCGCGAAGUCAGAGCCCCAGCAGCAGCAAUUUGCUGCUGAAUACCGCUCGCUCCAUGUUCAAGAUGUUCCCGAGCCACACGACGCCGUCGUCGACGUCGGUGCCGGUCAGCAAACCGCCCUUUUCCAGUUAUUCCGAGUCCAAUAGUAACGUGAGCAGUAAUCUGAGCAGUAGCAAUCUGUCCAACAUCACCGUGGUGCCCUGCGAGACCGAUGAGAGCCGGCAAGAGCAACAGCAACAACAUCAGCAGCAAGUCCAUCAGAAGGUCUGAUCCGCGGCGUCCUCCUUCUUCGAUGUCAUUGUCGCAGUCGCAUCGUUCGACUCUGAGAACGAGCAAUGGUUCUCAAGAUCGUUUCGUGUGACUGCAACGACAACGACGAUGCCCUUCAAGACUGAUUAUCGGAAGAAACGUCAACGAAGAAUAGAUUCCAUCGGUCGUUCCAUCAUGUUCAGCAACGAAUAUCGCAUAUAAGCGAAAGAAGAUGAUAUCAUCCCGGCCGAUGGUAUCCACGUUGGAUCGUUCUUCCGGCGUUCUAUAAAGAAAGAAAGAGAGAGAGAGAGAGAGAGAGCGAGUGAGAGAGAAAAAGAAUGAAAGAGAGAAAGAAAGAGAGAGAGUGAGAGAGAGGGUCGUCCGUUCGUGGCCUACAGAAGAACCGGCGGAGGUAUAGAGAAGCCGGCUCCUGGUAUAAUGACUGAAUUGUCAAAUCAGUCAUCGAGACUGCGCUUAAUCGCCGUGCGUUGAUUCACGCCUCUGUUCUUUUUGUCUUUUCCAUUGUGAGAGUCGAUGCGCCGCCACCGUCAUCGUCGCCGACGCGUCAUUGUGCAAUUCCACACGCGGCCAGUGUCUAGCCUAGAUCUCAAAUUAUUCCAAAGCGGUGGCACGAAGAUUACGAUUGUUGCUUCGAGCGUCGGCAUCAGAAAGAGAAAGGAGGCUCGAAAGAAGAAGGCGAUCGAAAGCCAGGGUGAAAAAACGGGGGCGUCAUCAACGCGCGGCGCAAAGCGAUGGCCUAUCCUGGAUAGAUAAGAAGCUCCUUUGUCCGGGAAUUACACGGCGAGAAGCUUCGUUUUGAGGAGACAUGAGUUUAUUAGCGAUUCCUUGCAUAUGGACUCAGCGAACGAAGCGGAUCCGCCGGAUCACCCUCUUCCAGCUCUCGACGGAGGCUCGACAUCGCGGAGGUUUGUUCAUCGCGCGCGACAAAGACUUAGUAAAUUAUUUAUUGCCAAUAUAACAUUUUAUUCGCGACGGACGGCUGCUGCGCGACGGCCGGACGGGACGAGUGCGGUUUCACGCGAUGGUGGAUGGUUGUGGAGAAGAAAAGAAGAGAGAGAGAAAAAAAGAAAUGAACGGACGGGACACGAGUUGUUGUAUGAUCGUUCGUUGCGUGAGUGCGAAACCAGACGUGCGUACGAGUAAAUGCAAGCGCGCGUGUGCGGAACGAGUAGAACGAAAGACGCGCAAGAGGCGCGGCUAAUUGCAGGGUCGAGAGGAAAAAAAAGAAAGAAAGAGCGAACCCGUGCGCGCGUGUUUGUGUAUGCGUGUAUAAGGAGAGAUGUAGGGGGAUAAUGUAGUGCCAAGAGUGAAAACGGAAACUCUGUACAUAUUAGGCUAGGUAGUUCAAUAUCAAUAUACUUAUUACGAC